AUGAAAAAUUGUUCGCCAGUUAUAUUAGCGGCAUACGGAACUGACAGCAAAUUUACAGCAAUUGAUAUUUUUCGACGUUGGAUACACAUCUAUGAACAAUGCUCAGCCAAACAAAUUCGUAUCAUUGGUUUCUCAACAGAUUGCGACAGCAAAUAUUUACGAGCAAUGAAAUUGGUUAGCGGAUUUUUUGCUGAUUUAUCAAGUUUAAAACUACAUGAACAACCUGGAGCAUUUGAGGUUGCUGUUCCAGCAACAUGGACAUGGUUUUACCUUCGGAAACAACAAUUGUUAUUGUUCUUCCAAGAUCCUGCACAUCUUGCUACCAAAUUACGUGUAUUAAGAUCAAAAACGAAAACUUUCCCUGGUAUCCGAUUACUGGAAACAAUCAAUCCGACAUUGGGUGAUUCCUACUUCGAUAUAAAAAUUAAUGACGAACAUAAAUUUCUUCAUAAACAAACAGCGUGUUGGUUGUUAACUGAUAAAAAUACUCGUUUAUCAUCAGAUAGAUUAACGCGAGUCGAAAUGAGUAAACGGGAUUAA